AUGGCACUUAAAUAUGCAGGAUUCGAUGAUAAAAAGGCACUUAAAUACUUACUUUCUUAUUUUGAUUUAUUUUUUGGAUUUGAAAGUAUAAGAAGGGCAUCAACAUUCGAUGAAGAUAUCACAAUGUCAGCCAUCAAAUCUUGUUUGAAUGUUUAUCUAAAAACUUCAAGUACUAUUUCGCAUUCAUAUAGAACUCAUAUGCUUUUAAACGCUUGUGGGUAUUGGCAGUUGACCUAUACGAUUAGAAUUCGGGAAAGAUUUAGUAAAUUUUGGAAAGAUCCAACAGAUCCUCAAGGUCUACAUGAUUUACUUACACAUAUUUUUCCAGAUGGCAAGUCUUUGAUGGAUACUAGAAACCAAACGACAUUCAGGCGACAAAACCUUGAUUUUAUCAGAAUUUUUUCGCCUGAUCCGCAAGUACAAGAUACCUUUGCGAAAUGCUUGAACGAGGAUAAAGUAGAGGCGCUUCAAAUUUAUCAAAAGCUUUAUAAGACAUGGAAGGAAUUAAUGAAAUGGAUUUAUAGAAUGUUAU